AUGGCCUUUCUGUACACUGGUGAAGAAAUACCUUCCUCCCAAAUUGCAGCUUACGACAGUUUCAGGGAGGACUUAAGGGAUUCACUACCACCUAUUUACCUCUUCAUUCAUUUUCUGACUUUAAUAAAACAAAAUGCGGGAGAAAAGAAAGGUGUUUCCUUUUGCGGAGCCCUUCAUCAAGUGGGAGACAUGAAUCAGGGAGGUUACAAAAGAGCGAAACAAAAGAAACUUAGGGUUUAUGGAAAAAAAAAUAAAAGGAGGUUAAAAGAAAAUUUGCCCUGCUGCAUCACAGUGUUUGAAAGCGAUCAAGAAAGACCUAGGCCUUUGUUUUUCCUUCAACCAGACUACUUACAAUGCUAUUUGAUUUUAGACAAGUCACUUGUGAUUAAGGAUUUGUCCUAA